UAGCGGUGCUGGCGGCCGCGUUCGGCUUCGCUGCAGAAACGCGGAGAGGAGCGCGCUCCCUGGCCGCUGCGUCCGCUGCCCCGGCGCCUUCCCGGCUCCCCCGUGUCUCGGGCAACUCCCAGCCGUUCCGGGGGAUUGCACUCCGCGGCCCUUCAGGCUACCCACGGGUCCUUCGCACCCUACCGCCUGUAGCCCAGCCGGCCGCACUCGUCCCCGAAGCCGGGCCUAGGGCGCGCGGCGGCCGGGCUGGGCUCGGGGCGUCCCGAUGGCCGCGGCCGGCUGGCGCGACGGCUCCGGCCAGGAGAAGUACAGGCUCGUGGUGGUCGGCGGCGGCGGCGUGGGCAAGUCGGCGCUCACCAUCCAGUUCAUCCAGUCCUAUUUUGUGACGGACUAUGACCCGACCAUUGAAGACUCAUACACAAAGCAAUGUGUCAUCGAUGACCGAGCGGCCCGGCUGGACAUUCUGGAUACAGCCGGACAAGAGGAGUUUGGGGCCAUGAGAGAACAGUAUAUGAGGACCGGCGAGGGCUUCCUGCUGGUCUUUUCGGUCACGGAUAGGGGCAGUUUUGAAGAAAUCUAUAAGUUUCAAAGACAGAUUCUCCGAGUAAAGGACCGUGAUGAGUUCCCCAUGAUUUUAAUUGGCAACAAAGCUGACCUGGACCACCAGAGACAGGUAACGCAGGAAGAAGGGCAGCAAUUAGCGAGGCAGCUCAAGGUCACGUACAUGGAGGCGUCGGCUAAGAUCCGGAUGAAUGUAGAUCAAGCUUUCCAUGAACUCGUCCGAGUUAUAAGGAAAUUUCAAGAGCAAGAAUGCCCUCCGUCGCCAGAACCAACCCGGAAGGAAAAAGACAAGAAAGGCUGUCAUUGUGUCGUUUCCUAAGAGUUCCUUGAGUUCUAGCUGCCAACUGCCAGGGAAGCCCUCACCUCUGUGACCGUUUACAUCCUGCCGGUACCUUUGUAGCCUUAGACUGAUGAUCACCGUGGUAGCCUUACACCAAGAAGCUGGCUAAUUCUUUCUGCAAAGCUCAUGUAACGGUCUUUCCCAGACCCAGACCGAUGUAAAGAAAACACUAAGGCUGCUUCAGACAUGAUCUGAUUCCUUUAAAACACACGACUACACACACAGAUGCAUUCUUUAAGGGCUUACAUUUGAAUAGAUGAACCAAGUUUGGAAUCUAAGCUGUUUGCUAAGCUGGAGUGGUAGGUUGUGAAGUAAUCUUUAACUUCUGGAAUCGUGUUGCCUACUGUUACUCUAAAUAGAAGCAUACGGAGGGUAUUUUUUUUUAAUGUGAAUUUCUGCCUAUCUUUAAAGCUUUUGAUGUCAACUCUCAUUAACCUUAAAUACACUGAAUGGAAUCUACAGAAGUGAGACAUCUCAGGCAUUUCCUGACGCUGCGGCUUUUGUUUUCCAGUGGCCAGAAUACCAAAAUUCCUGUUGUAGUUAUGGAUUAAAAACUGCUGAUCAAGCCUUGGUUAUUAUGCCUCCUUCAAGAUGACAAUAUUCUCUGUGGCCAAAUGUUUGGACUCGUUCUGCACUUAGGUGUGUCAAUGAACUUGGUUUCUUUUCCCAGCCGUGCUAAGGGUAAGAGUGAGCGGUUCCUAUCUGUCUUCCUUUUCAAGUAUUCCUGGUUGCGGGAUUAAACAAAAACAAGAACCCACCCCAAACUAAAACUGUUUUUGUUUGAUGUAAUAUAAAAUAUGGAAUUGAUCUUUCCAGAGUCAGAGAUGAUUAAUGUUUUUUGCUAUAUACUUUUAUACGUUAUUUUCUUAUCAAACUAGUUAACAAGUAUUUUUAUAUGUUUGUAAGCGAAUAUGCUUUCACGGCGUACCUUGUGUAUAUGUAAAGACGAGUAUUUAAUUCUCACUGUUCACUGUUAACUGACAAGGAGAAAGUGGAAACCCCUGGUCCUUGUUACAUCCACCGGUGGCCAAUAAUCAGAAAAACUUCCCAACAGAGCCCAACAGGACGAGACCGUGAAGUCGCGCUCAAUGUCCCUGCUAGAUGUUGACUUGUUAUUUCAAGUAUUACGUGUAAAACCUUUACUUGACAAUUAGUGUAACUGUGGAUGGCUUCGGAUUUUGUUUUUAACUCUGUGGAUUGUGUUUAAACAAUUCAAAAGUGUGUUCCUGGUUUUGCGACUCUCAGUGGUAUUGCACAGUGGUCACUUUAUUGAAUGUGUACAACAGUCCCAUGAAGUUUAUAAAGUGAACCCUUGUAUAGCUUCAGGUGCUAGAAUUAAAGUUGAUCUGUUA